UUGGGAGCUGCAUGACACGUGAAACAAUCUGAUGUGAUUGACUUGGCAGCUCAAACAAAUUCUUGAUAGCAAACUUUCCAUCUGCUUAUUCAGCACUGAUUUGAUCUUCUCUCGUUUCCACGCCGCUCUUUCUCACAAACAUCACGCUUCAUCUUUUUCUGACAUUUCAAAUUGUGCAGCCUAAGUUAGGUUUUCAUACGUUAGAUGCUUCAUGCUUAAAAAAACACAGUUUAAUCAGUGAACCUCUGAAUGAGGCAAGGGGAGCAUCACGAUUCUGCAAAAGUUUGACUUCUAGUUUCCCUAUAGCUAAUGAGAGCAUCAGAGUGGAAAGGAAGAUGUGCAUAUUUGAUAUCUAGGUGUGAUGUUCAAAUGCAGAUUUUCACCUUUGACCUUCUAUGACAUCCACCCCACAGUGGUGCAACAGGAUCAUUCUGAAUGGCAAGAACAUUAAGGGUGCUUACGUACGCUGACACUUCAUUCUGUAAACAAUUGAUAUAGUAUCAGCUGAACUGUCUGCAGAUCAGUCCAGGAUGUUGAAACUGUUUCGCGUCACAGGAAGCUGCGGCUUCGCGACAUGCAUUUAUGUGAGGCGAGAAACCUCUGCUCUUCAGUCAGCCUUCAUUGCCGCCAGCAGCAAAAACACAGCAGUCUUCAUGUGAAGUGAGCAGAGAGGGGAGCAAUCUGUUCAGCAGGCCUGAGUUCCGACAUGCAGGACACGUUUGCAUCUUUAUGGUGACUACAGACACGGAUUUAUGAACAAGAAGACCUGGAAUUUGUUUGUGGCUCUGCAUUUCUGAGGACUAUUACUUCUCCAAGCAGAACUUCAAAAGGUCUUGGCAGACGUCUCAGAUUGCUGAAAAAUGGGCUCCUGCUUAACCAGAUGUUGCUCAAAUUUAGAGGUUUUAGAAAAUGCACCUGAAUCAGACUCACCAGUCCUCCAGGAAAAUGUGAUUGUAUCGCUCCACGACUACCCAACGUUCGAAGACACCGAACCCACCAUGUUUGCUGGUGAGAGACUCCUCAUCGUAUCAGAAGAUGGAGAUUUCAUGACGGUGAGAUCCUCAACCACUGGCCGUGAUAGCUACAUCCCCACCAACUAUACAGCCAAAGUGAUGCACAGGUGGCUGUUCACAGGCAUCAGCAGGUACAAGGCAGAGGAGCUGCUGCAGAAACCCAAUAACCAGAACGGAUCCUUUUUGAUUCGAGAAUCGGAAACAAACAGAGACAGCCACUCACUAUCCAUCUUGAUGAGAACCAACUCCUCACGAUUGAAUCCUGUGAAGCACUACCGCAUCUACCGCCUCCAAAACAACUGGUACUAUAUUUCUCCAGGACUCACCUUCCCCUCCCUACACUGCCUCGUGGAACACUAUUCAGAGUCUGCAAACGGCCUGUGCUGCCAGCUGACAGCGCCUUGCUUCAUCCAGGGGUUAGACACUCCCAGGCCUGUUCCCAACAUUAUCAGAAGGCCUACUAUUAACUGGAAGGACAUAAGCAGGUCAGUGAUUCUCAGAAGGAAGAGAACCGACUCGGGCCAUUCUCUGGUGAGUGAAGGACUGAGGGAGGCCAUCACCUCUUACCUGCAAAUGACAGAGGGCGAUGAACAUAGCUGGGACACUUGAGGAAAGGCCUUUGGUCUCCCUGAGUUAACAACAUCAAACAUACAGCAUGAAGUACUGUGCUGUGUCUGCCACAGUAGCACAAGCAAGCCAGAGGAAGAGGUCCUGUGCAUGGCCACGUGGCUUUGGAGGACUGUUUGGAAGCAGCAAGGGGAACUGAGACACUACACAGCUCUGAGAUCUGAAAACUGCUGACAGUUUUUCUGAACAUGCAAGGAGAUUUGAGCUGAUGAUGGAAAAUAUAUAUAUAUUUUUUUUUCAGUUUUGAUUGUUUCUUUUAACUUAUAAAUUAUUGUGGAAACAAUGUUACAAAUAUUUUAAGUCAUCAAUAUAUCUGUGAUAUGACUUUUACUGUAGUUAUGUUGUUGGAAUCCAAUAAAAAGUGCCAGGUAAAGGAAAUAAUGCCACCAUGUCAGAAACUAAUAAAUCAGAAACUGUAAUAUGUUUUCUUUUAAUAAAAUAUUUAUUCGAUUCAUAUUUGUAUGGGGGAAAAUGACCAAAAUAUCAUUAAAUUGAAAAAAAAUAGUUAAACUUCUCACCGACUAUAAUUAAUAUGUCACAUUGCACUUAAAUGUUAUGAAUAAAAAACAAUGAGAAAA